AGUUGCACACUCCCACUACAUAUCUAAUCUCUUUCAAUUCUCUGCACAUCUCAUUCAUUUCUCCCAUAUUAUACCAUCUCUUUCAGUAUCAAUCUCUCUGUGUUUCAUCCAAACAAAUUAUUAAUGGCAGCCUCUGGUUUUGAAGGCUUUGAGAAGCGCCUGGAGCUCCAGUUCUUUGGAGAUGAUCCUUCAGUGCUGACAGGCAUGGGUCUGAGGCAGCUCGAGUUCGAGUCCCUAGAACAAGUCCUAGAUGCUGUGCAAUGCACCGUGGUCUCGGCUGUGGGAAACCACUUCUUCGAUGCCUACGUGUUAUCAGAGUCCAGCCUCUUCGUCUACCCCACAAAGAUCAUCAUCAAGACAUGCGGGACCACCCAGCUUCUCAAAUCCAUCCGUCCGUUGCUUCUCUACGCACGUCACCUUGGCCUCACUCUCUGCUCCUGCCGCUACACUCGAGGUAGCUUUAUCUUCCCCAUGGCACAGCCCUUUCCCCACACCAGCUUCAAGGAAGAAGUUAUCUAUUUGGAAGAUUGCCUCCCCAGCAAUCUUUGCUAUAGAAAGGCCUCGGUUAUGCCCUCUAAAAUCCCCUCCCAUUCUUGGCAUGUUUUCACUGCUGCUAGCGAUGAGGCUCACGUGAUGAUCGGCAGCACCCCGCAUGUUCCUGACGUGCUGUACACACUGGAAAUCUGCAUGACAGAGCUCGACCGUGUCCUCGCUCGCAAAUUCUUUAAGCGUCCCGGGGAUGAAAAGACCGGCGAUUCUGCAGGGAAAGAGAUGACCAAGCUGACUGGUAUCGGAGACAUUAACCCCGGUGCUCUUAUUUGUGAUUUUGCGUUCGAUCCUUGCGGUUACUCCAUGAAUGGCAUUAUCGAUGGUGACCGCUACUCCACCAUUCAUGUAACCCCUGAGGAUGGUUUCAGCUACGCCAGCUUCGAGUUCGUUGGGUCCAUUUACGAUGAUCACGACGAUGAUGUUGCUCAGGUUUUGAAGAAGGUGGUGCAAGUCUUCCGGCCGGCAACCAUGUCUGUAUCGACUACAUGCACAAGCCAUGAGGUGUGGACAAAGGUGGCAACAGCGCUCGAGCCUCUUGGUUGGAAAUGCCGGAGUUGCACAAUGGAUGAAUUCCCGGCGGCCGGGAGUGUAGUGUUUCAAACGUUUACGAGUCGCCGGAAGUAAGCGAUCGACCGGGAAGAAUUGGCAAUGGUGGUUGCGGUGGUGGUAGAUAUGAUCAGAAGGAGUUCGUUCCAAUAGGAGGAAAAAAGAGAUCAGAACUAGGGAGUUAGAGUUAGUUGAAAAUCGUAGGGGUGGGUGAUCAUGAUGACGAUCGAUCGACGACGUGGACGAAUCUGAUUGGGUAACAAGAUGAUGAAUGUGGGGUUGACUUGUGCAGAAAGAUUUUCAAAAAAAAAAAAAAAAAAAGUUGGGGGGGAAAAUAUAUAUAAGAGAUGAUGAGGGGCUGAUUUGGUAAGUAGGAAGCAGAAAUUAAAAGGGUUUGGUGGGAUACUGGGAUAUCGAUCUCAUCAUCAUGAUAAGGCACCCCACUUAGAGUUGCACGCCUAAGAUUUUGAGGAUUUGAUAGUGGUGGGAAGAGAAGAUCAGAAGGGUUAAAAAAGUGCACUUGUUUCAUGAGUUCAUAUUGAAGUACUCUUUCAAUAUUGAUCUCCAUCUUCUUCUAUUCUUUCUAUAUUUCAU